AUGUCAUCGUCAAAAGAAGUGAAUCAACUGAUAGAAAAGGAAUCUUCCAAAAUGUUACCAAAUUUCAUUCAAGUUUGGAAUUCAACAGAAAAUGAAAAUUGUUUUGUAGAAAAGGAAUAUGCAAACAUCUUCAUUGAAGAUUCAGUUCAUGAACGAAGUAAAAGUAAUGAGAAGGAAAUUACCGAGCAUGUUUCAAGAACAAGAAAUGUUUCAAAUGAAAACACAAAGUUGGAUAAAAUGAAAUUAAAUCCCAUAAAAGUAUCCGAAGAAAAAUCUGUUUCAAAAAAUGUGCAAUCGGUGCAUGCAGAUGAAAGUAAAAUAGAAGGAAUUCAUGUUUUGGAAGAAGAACCUCUUGUUCCGACACAUUUAGAUAAUCAUGACAAAGAACAGCCUCAGAGGGAGUUGGAUAAUUUGAAUGGAAAAGAGCAUCAAGUUCAGAAAGACUUGGAUGAAGAAGAAGCAUUUGAUAAAAGAGACUUGGAUAAUUUGGAUGAAACCGACUAUUACGACAGUGAAGACGAAUACAGAGAAAAAGAACAAACGUCGACUUUAAUGGGCAAAGCUUUCAUAUCGCUAUCGAAAGAAUUUCACCAUUUUGAACAUGUUGAAGACAAUAACAGUAGAAAAGUGAACGAAAACCCGCAUAUACAAGCAUUGCGGAAUUCAAUCAAGAGAUUUGCAGAAGACAACGGUUUUGAGAUUCAUGACGGUCCAUUAGACGGUGCCUGUAUGUUCCGCUCGAUAGCCGAUCAGCUCAUGAUAAAUGGACGAUUCGGCCACACAGCAGACGAUCUGCGAGAAGAAGCUUUAGAAUAUUUGCGGAAGAAUCCACUUUUAGCAGAUGGGACACAUACCCAGUAUUUCCUUUCUAAAGAAACGUGGGAGCAAUAUCUUCAGAGAAUGCAACAGACCACAGAAUGGGGAGAUCAUAUAGUACUAAAGGCCCUGGUAAACAAACUCAACGUUAAUGUGGUAGUUUUGAAUGUCAAAGAAGAAUCCGUCCAAAGGAUUGAGCUUUCCCCAGAUAAUAAAAGUGUAGACUCUUGGACGAUAACUUUAACCUUGGGACACCUUGGCGAGUUCCACUACCUAAGCUUGAGACCAAAGCUAUGGAGAAAAUACUGGCCUUACAAAGCAAUCUUGUUUAAGCUACAGUUAAGCUCGCAUGGAACAUCUUCUACUAUAAGGGAUAAGAUUCUUAGCACCAAGCUAGCCAAAAUGGGUAUAAAAACCCUCAUUGAAGAGGCAGGCUUCUUUGAUUUGAGAGCAAGUGCACACGACCCACCAGAAAACUUCCCAAAGGGACACUACUCAACAAACUCGGACAACACAGACAAUAUAGCAAGCAUUAUUGAUCAAUCUGUCUUCUCGGAAGAAAAUCUAAAUUAUUUGAUGGAGUAUUUGCAUGAUGAUACGCUAUCUGGAGUCAAUCUCUUCAAGCUUUCCUACUUUAUAAAGCAUUUAAUGCCUUUUGAAAUGAUAAGAAUUUAUACUCCAGAGUUGUGCCAUCGAAUGAAACAUUUAGAAUUACCUAUUUUGUAUGAAGUCAUGGGUUCUUGCGCCGAUCAAACGGAUGUUACUCUUCGAGAUAUAUCAGCUGCAAACACAAUGUUGAUGCAUCAUGACCAGAAAAAAGUUAAACAACCAGUCUUAAUUGCUAUGGAUUUGGAUGUAGAUGUACAACAUUUCAAUCACAUCUGUGAUCGAUUUAAACGAAAGACUGUCUAUUAUGCAGAUAUAAAUGAGACACACCCUGGGUAUUGUCGACUUAGAAAAAAUCUGACAGAUAAUAGCAGCUAUUUUGAAGUCGAAGUGAGGGAAUUUACAUCAAACAAUUUUCCUUAUUAUUGCUACAAGGGUUUUCUUUGUCACACUCUCCCUCCUAACUUCAGAGAUUGGACAUAUGCAAGUUGGCCACCCAAAGCAGUUAAAAUGUGUGUUUCUCUCAUGAAAUGUGCAUUACUUCCAAAAUGUCAUCCAACAAGUGGAGAAUCACAGUUUGAGUGGAAGUACAAUUUUUCCAUGGCAGAAAGCUGCUUAAUCAAGCAAGGACUCACUCCUUUUCAGUCUCAUGCUCUGUAUGUAUUGUGGAUCAUUCUUGAAAAUAUGACGAUGCAUUUGCAGAAGCCGAUUAAGCGGAAGCAUUUGAAAGCUGUAUUUUUCAAUGCUUGUGAAAAACUUCCUCAACAUGCAUGGGAAACAAAUAUAGGAGGCUGCUUUCUCUUUGUCAUCAGUUUAUUAUUAGCAUGUUUGAAAAAGAGAUUCCUGCCUCAUUAUUUCAUUCCAUCGAACAACAUUAUUGAUUGCUAUUCGUCAGAGGAAAUUGAUACACUAUGUGUAUACGUAGAAGCCAUCCGAUUAUUUCCAAUUUUCACCAUUCAGAGCGUAACUGAAUUGCAUGGAUACCUAUUUGGAGGAAGACUUUCAAAUCAUUUAUUCGGCAAUGUUCCUGUAAAAGGCGUAAAGUCUCAAAUAAUUUUGCGAAACAAGAUGGUUCGUAGCACUAUCGACGCUGUAAAAUUUUAUACGCGACAAGGAUAUUACGGUGUUGCCUGUAAUUUGCUUCGAGAUGCCCAUGAAUGCCUAUUACUUGGUCCAGAAUCAGACGCAGACCAGCCAAGUUUUCAAGAAUUUAUCAGUGCUGCUAUUGAUGAACUUUCCCAGAGAUCAUCGCGGAUAAUUCUAGCUAAACGAUUUGAAAAAGAACACCAUUUAGAUUUUUCUGACAAAUACGAAGCUAAAAACAAGAUACUUGUAAGACACAUUCUACCAUGGGAGGUCGAUUAUAGGCUAGCCAGUUUGGAAAUUCCGGUGACUGAAGACAUCGAUUUCCAAUUUUUGGCUGACUUUUUUCACUCAAAUUAUCAAGAAAAUAUUGCCAAAAAACGAAACGCAUGCCUUGCUUCUCUUGCCAUUCAAACUGCUGUAAAAUGCAUAGAUGAGGCGAUCAGUUCUCACAUUGAUGUCUCAAAAUCUAGUCAGGAUAGCAAACCAUAUACACGGGGGAAGAAAGGCUUAAGCGAAUUAAAAGAAAGGAAAAUACAUUACCUUGAAGAUGUGUACAGUGUGUCCGUAUUCUUGGAAUCUGUCUAUCCCAUUCUAGACUACGUACAUGAUGUAGAGGAACUCUGCAAAGACUUACCGGAACACAAUGAUGUUUUAAGAAAAAUUUUGCGUUACACUGGGGGUCAAAGGAUGUGCAAGAAUUCCCCAGGACAUAGUCACACCUGGAUGGAUGGCAACAGUUUGAUGGAAGGAUUUCCUCACUUUCAUUAUACUCCUUUUUCAGUUUUCAAAAGCUGAAAUAUUUGAACGAUUUUUCAUAUUCAAAUCGCCUUUAUAUUACUUGUCAAGGGAGAACUGUUAGUCUGCC